CUCCGCUCAGAUUUGAAUAGAAACGCGCGAGAACACAUUGUCGGUCUACAUUUUAAUUGUGCUAAGUGUAAAAGGUGAUUUUUGUGAUUUGUGAUUAAUAGAAAUGGCUACGAUAGAGACGAUCCGUGAUAUCCCUGUGAUAGUUGAACAUAGAAAACGAUCCGUGGACGAUAUUGAACCGAUGGACUUAGAUUUUGAUUAUGACUAUAUUUCUGGAUUUCCAUUCGAUAGUGCGAACCGCCGAUCCAGAGACCCUCUGGAGGACAUCGCCCAGAGGCAUCCAGAGUUCGCGCAGCACCUCCAGGGUUUCCCCAGAAGAAGCCAGAGGAGCCAGGGCGACCAAGACGAAGACGAAUUUCUCAGAAGGCGGUUCGAGCGGCCGUUUUCCAGCGGCCGAUUCGAACGAUUCGGUUUCCCUUUUAACAGAGACGACUUCGAACGUGAACCACAACGUUACUACGAAGCCUACCCGGAGUACUUUGAAAAUUUCCAAAACCAACCACCACACAGUCCUCCACAUCAACAGAAUCAAACUACAACACAAAGUCCGUCCGGGUACCAACAGCACCCCCCGCAGUACGGCCAAACUUACCAGCCAACACCUCAGAACGAGCAAAAAACUCAACCGCAUCAACAAUUCCAGACGCAGCAGAGCCAAUCUGUGAGUACCGGCACACAGACUGAGGAUUGUGAGGAGGGCCAGUACGAGAAACAGGACCAGGAGGUGUUGCAAGAGCAGAAAAGUGAGAGUGGACAGAAUACCAGAGCAGGUCGUCCCAUUCAGCAGAGCAACACCUGCGACUUAGCGCAGCAUCAGCCCCCGGACGAGGCACUGAAUGAGCGCGAGCAGCGCUCGAUGUCCGCUCCUCCCGAAAACAAACGAUUCACGUCAUCGGUAAACAUCCCGAUGGGAGUCGGCCACCCAACAGACGGCAGGAAUUCGCCCUCGGCGAACCAAGGGGCCAGAAGCCAAGCGGGAAGCGGAAGUACCGAGAGGGUUAUUCCCAUACAUGUGGAAGGUCGUGAUGACCCGGUAAUGCCAAAACAUCGCGGUCCCACCCCGACCCAAUCGCAACCACAAACCGAGCGAAUUUUCACCGAUAGCCCGCAGCAGCCGCAACAACACAGAGCAUCCCAACCGGAAACGAUUUUCGGCCGCAGACCGGAAGCUUUCACGCAAUAUGUGCAUCGCGAUCCCCACAAGUUCGCUAAUGACUGGCCCCAUCAUACCUUUGGGGGAUUCCCGGAGGACGAGUUUGGUUUCAGACGCACCGAAAGCCCCACGAGGUUCUCCGGUGGAGCCAAACCUCAGCAACAGCACCAACAACAAGCGACACCACCGCCAACACAGAAACCUACAGAACAAAAACCGGAACCGCAAAAGCAGCAACCGGAACAAAAACCACAGCCUCAAAAGCCUCAACCGCCGGGACCGAUCGAACAGAUCCAAGCGAUCCAGAAGGAUGUUUCCUCGUUACUGGAGCAAGUGGAGAAUUUCCAAGGGGCUCCGAAGGAUAAAAAUUAUCUGUACCUGGACGAGAUGCUUACGAGAAAUCUCCUAAAACUGGACAACGUGGACACUCAAGGGCAGGACAGUAUAAGGAGUGCCAGAAAAGAGGCUAUCAAGUGUAUCGAGAAGGGAAUAGGGCUUUUGGAGACUAAAGCUAAUGCAAAUGUGGCGCCUGCGGAGAAAAUGGAGCUGCAGCCAUCGCAGGAGGCGGAGGAACCAAUGUCUCCCGCAUCAGCUGAAGAACCUAAAACUGAAGAAACUGUUGAAGAAGAAGUGAAGGGUGAUGAAGCCCCUGGUGAACAAAAUGAAGAAGAAACUCCCGCCGAAAGUGACACUCGUAAGCAAGAAGGAGAAAUUAAAGAGGAAGUGCCAGAAGUGGAGAAAAAAGAAAAGAAAAAAAUCAAAAAGAAAUCAAAUAAAGAAGAGAAGAAGCAGUAAAUUAUUUUCUAGAUAAUAGUUUGUUAUAUAAAUUUUGGGCGGGCUGGUCUCGCUCACCUAUUGGGGAGAUUGUCCUUCCCGUUUCAGUGCUUCUGUAUAGUUAUGAAAUUGCCUUUUAAACAGAAUAAGAGUAUUAUUUUUAAAUAUUGUAAUAGUGUUGAGAUUUUUUUCACUUAACUUCGUAGUAGUUAGGGCUGGCUUCCUGUGGGGAUCACUACGGUAUUUAUUGUUAGGUAUUUUGAUUACCAAUAGUAGAGUACUUUUUUUUUCAAAUUACUUUCUUUUCUACUUUUUAUGUUAUCAUUUCUUUCAAGACAGAUACUACGGGAAUCUGACUUGUAUACACAAAAAAAACGGAUUAUUUUCUCACCUUUUUAUAGACAAACAGAAAUUUCAAAAAUCGUAGUAAUCCCUUGUUAACCUCUAUCUAAGCAAAACUUAGCUAGAAGUUACAUAGAAACCUUAGAUGAGUGAGAGACUGCCGUUUAACAGUCGUCGUUAAUAAAGUCCACUAUACCUUGGGCUUUUAUUUCACUUUUUGUAAAUAUAAUAAUUGUUUUUUAGCAGUCAAUUUUGUAUUUUCAAAUUCCAUAAAAAAAACUUUGAUUUUUUUUGUGAUUUUUGUAGAUAUGAAAUAAGUACUAGCUUGACUGUGAUUUUUUUAACUCGGCUUUUUGCAUAUCUAAUACGAGUGGUGCCAGUAACAAUAAUCUGGUAAACCCUGUAUAUUUUCUUGUAUUUUAUAUUUUAACAUAAUGGGUUUCUUCUUUGUUCUGUGUCCAUAUUUAUAUAAUAUGAUGUGUGCGUCUUAGUUUUUCUUUUUUUUUUUUGUUGAUUUUUGUACAAUCUGAUUGUGCAAGUAAUAUGUACAAAUAAAUUUGUCUCGAAAUUCA